AUGACAUCGGCCCUUCGUUGCUUCCGAGCAGCGCAUGUUCUCUCACUGAUCACCAUCGUUUUUCAGGUCCUACCAUCUGCGGCACAUCCCGUUUUACAAGACCUACCCGGAGUCGACAGCGACGAUGCCGAGACAGGCAAUGUCGUCUAUCAAAUCCCUGAUGGCCAGAUACAAGCAGCAGCCCAUGCAUUACAGGUCAAGGCCCCUCAGACGUCCAAUGUGGUCUAUCAAAUAGAAGACGGGCAAGUCCAAGCUCCAUACUAUCCUGGACUCCCUCAGGCUACCAAAUAUCCCGGAACCGUUACACUGUCGCCUUCAUGCUCAACUACCAGCUCCACCGUAUCCGUGACAGCACGCGAUCUCUCGACAAGUCAGAUAUCAGGAGUCUCGGCUGACGUUUCGGACGCCUCUUCAACUACGGCCACGAUACUUGACACCCUUGUUGGGACUGAAUCGUUUUCGUCUGAGUCACCUCCCAGUCCCGCCAGCGUCACGGACAGCCCUCUGACGUCCCUUUCCGUGUCCGAGGUACAGACUGGCACACUCUCAGACUUUGUCUCAUAUAGCGCAAGCAUGGGUAUCUCUACCUCACUCGAGACCUCCGCUCAGGUAACUUCUAUGCCCUUUGCAUCGAUUUCGAAUGCCACAAGUACCCUGCCCUUAGUGGAUCCUGCGAGCUAUGGCUUGCCCACUGCGACUUCAGCCAUCACAAAGCUGUCAGCAAGCGAAAUAUUUGUGCCCAUCGCAACAGGAGCGCCGUUGCCACAGAUCCCACGGAGAGAAGAUCAUCCAGUACCCAGAAUUGGGAUACAAAAUCAGACGCGGAAACUACAGACAAAUAGGUUCUACACCAACCUGUUCAUGGGAAACCAAACAUCCCCCGUCUAUACGUUUCCCUACUCAGUCAAGUGGGCGAGAGGUGGUGGAAAGGCAGGCAGUUGGGGAUUGGUCGUAUCCCACACGGAGCUCAACCAAUUCACUUUUGGACCACCCCAGGCAGGAAAAGAUGCUGGAGACUCCGCAUACUUCGCAAGCCCGCUCGGACUGGAUUCUAUGAUCCUGUCCGCGGCCGAACUCACCAAUGUUACCACCAACACUACGGCCAAUACCACCAUUGGCAUCCCAGGACUCACUACGGACUCUGUCGAUGCAUUCAGCAUCAACGUGAACUUGUUUCCGCAUACCUGGCAGACACCAAUAAUCACAUUCCCGUUGGUCCAGGGAUCUGCGUUCAUCACAGGCGUGUAUCAUUGGGCAGCACCAAUGUUGCAGACAGGUGUUGGUUUCGAUAGUAUCGAGUAUGUCGGAGAGGUUGUGGCGAACACCACCUACAAGUAUCGUGCUACUCUUCAAAAUGGCUACACCUGGCUUGUCUACAUCUCCCCAGACUUUGAAUUAUCGCCUGAUUACCGUGAUAAAGUCAACAAAUUCACACUGAUAAAUGGCACUGUGGUGGGCCCCAAAGACUUCAACGGUUUCAUACAGGUUGCAAAAAUGCCCGGAAACACCAGCACAGCUCCAGAUUCUGAGUCCAUCUACGAUGGUGCUGCUGGCGCUUAUACCACUGGAGCAAGCAUAUCCGGCACUGUAGAGAACACGACGGGGAGCUAUACCUUCGACUGGUCAAAGGAGGGUGUCGCGAAUCAGUCUUUGCUGCUCUUCGCUCUACCUCAUCAUCUGAAGUCCUUCAGCAAUGACACUUUGACCGGGUUGACUGACCUACAAUUGAUGACUCCUGUCAAAGGCCUAGCUACCGCCAUACGGGGAACGAGCUGGACCUUGGUUGAGAAGUCCCUUCCCAUCGACAUGGCUUUUGCUCCGUACUCGCCGACUCUGGGUAGCGUCAAGGCAGUCUCCAACAUCGCCGCCGAGGCCGUCUAUAAUGCCGGUCUUGCUGAGCUGCAGCAAGAUGUUGCCGAACAGACGAAUGUGGGAAGCAUGUACUAUGACGGCAAGGCUUUGGCAAAGUUUGCAGCCAUUGUAUACACUCUUCACGACCUCGCUGGGAAUCAAACGUUGGCUCUUUCCGGCUUGCAGGUUCUUCAGCAAGCGUUCGCCUUGCAUGUCGACAACAAUAUGAAAUUUCCAUUGACAUAUGAGAGCGCUUGGGGAGGAGUCGUCAGCUCCGCAGCAUACACUGGACAACCUCUGGACGACUUUGGCAACACCUAUUACAACGACCACCACUUCCAUUUCGGCUAUUUUGUCUACGCCGCGGCAGUUAUCGGCUAUUUCAGCAGUGACUGGCUCACUGAUGCCAACGUCGCAUGGGUCAAUAUGCUGGUGCGCGACUUUGCCAAUCCCAUCAAAGAUGAUCCUUACUAUCCCUUUUCUCGGAACUUCGAUUGGUAUCAUGGCCAUUCCUGGGCUAGUGGUCUCUUCGAAUCAGACGAUGGAAAAAACCAAGAAAGCUCCAGCGAAGAUAACAUGGCAAGCUACGCACUGAAGAUGUGGGGACAGGUCAUCAACGACAAGAACAUGGAAGCACGUGGUAACUUGAUGCUGGCCAUUCAGGCGAGGAGCUUCCAAGACUACUACCUCUAUGAGGACGCCAACACCGUCCUUCCGGCCCAGUUCAUCGGCAACAAAGUGGCUGGAAUUCUGUUCGAGAACAAGAUAGACCACACGACGUACUUUGGAAGCAAGCCGGAGUACAUUCAGGGAAUUCAUAUGAUUCCGUUGAUGCCCUUUAGCAGCUACAUUCGAACCCCAACGUUUGUUCAGGAAGAAUGGGAGGCAUACUUCUCAAACGGCAGUUACAUCGAUACGGUCGAAGGUGGCUGGAGAGGCAUUCUGAUGGCCAACUACGCCAUCUCCAAUCCAGCUGCUAGCUAUCAGUUUUUCAGCGACCCUGCUUUCAAUGUCGACUUCCUGGAUGGCGGAGCAAGCUUGACGUGGUAUCUUGCUUACUCUGCAGCAUUGGGUGGAGCGAGCUCGAUUUGA